AUCGCGUAACCGCUCAACAGACUUCGUAGCUUCCGCUCACCCACAGCCCAACCCCGUUCUAACAUGGCCUCCUCUCUGCUCCCCCUCGUCGUCCUCCUCCUCCUCGCCCAACUCUCUCCGCACGCCGCGUCGCCGGCAAGGGACCUCCUAAGCGCGGCGCGAGCGCCGGGGUUCGCCGCGUGGCUGCGCGGCGUGCGGCGGCGCAUCCACCAGCACCCGGAGCUGGCCUUCGAGGAGCACCGGACCAGCGAGCUCGUCCGCGCCGAGCUCGACGCGAUCGGCGUCUCCUACGCGUGGCCCGUCGCGAAGACCGGAGUGGUCGCCACGAUCGCUGGACCUCGGGCCGGACCCGUCGUCGCGCUCCGGGCGGACAUGGACGCGCUCCCCUUGCAGGAAUUAGUAGAAUGGGAAUACAAGAGCCAGGAAAGUGGAAAAAUGCAUGCAUGUGGACAUGAUGCUCACACAACAAUGCUUCUAGGAGCUGCUAAGCUACUUCAAUCUCGGAAGGAAGACAUCAAGGGUACUGUGAAGCUUGUCUUCCAGCCAGCAGAAGAAGGCUUUGCUGGCGCGCACCAUGUUCUAGAGGAAGGUGUUCUAGACGAUGUCUCUGCCAUUUUUGGUUUGCAUGUCGAUCCAAGCCUUCAAGUAGGUGUCGUUGCUUCCAGGCCAGGGCCAUUCAUGGCAGCAGGAGCCCGGUUUUUAGUAACGGUCACUGGAAAAGGCGGUCAUGCGGCGUUUCCGCACCUUGCAGUAGAUCCCAUCGUCAUGGCAUCUUCUUCCAUCAUCAACCUCCAGCAAAUUGUAGCCCGGGAAACUGAUCCCCUCCAGUCUGCAGUGGUUUCUGUGACAUUCAUGAAAGGAGGUGAUGCUUACAAUGUCAUUCCAGAGUCGGUAUCCUUCGGUGGCACCUUCAGGAGCUUGACAACAGAAGGCCUAUCUUACCUUAAAAAGAGGAUCGAGGAGAUCAUUGAAGCGCUCGCCAUCGUGAAUCGAUGCACCGUGACUGUCGACUUCAUGGAGGAGCGGCGGUCAUACCCAGCCACCGUCAAUGACAAGGGGAUGUAUGAUCAUGCCAGGGCAGUGGCAGAAGCCAUGAUAGGAGAAGGCAACGUCAGGGUAGUUGCCCCACUCAUGGGCUCCGAGGACUUCUCGUUCUACGCGCAGAGGUUUGCAGGGGCUUUCUUCAUGAUCGGAGUCGGCGAUGAAGCCAUGGAAACAGUGGUGCAUUCGCUGCACUCCCCUCACUUCGUGAUCGAUGAGGGUGUGCUCCCUGUAGGAGCUUCCUUCCAUGCCGCUGUGGCGAUGGAGUACUUGAAGAAGCACACGAUCGCGGGAAACUAAACUUAGAAAUAGUGAAAUGCCGAAGUUGGCAGAUUUGCUUUCGUUUCUGCAGCUGCAACGUAGGUCUCGUGUAAUUAAUUUGGUCCAUGUGGUCUUGCCCCUGAUAGGAAUACGACCAGUUUGUUCAGAAUUAUGAACAAGUUCUCAUGUUAUUCACUAGUUCCUCUGAUCCAUAAUAAGUGCUGCUGAUGCUGAUUUAGUACAGUUUUUACUAAAUCAGCGUCACUUAUUAUGGAUUUAUAUUUUGUCUGCUAGAUGUACACAUAUUUAGAACCGGAGAGAAUAGAUUUUAGGGUUGAAAUACAUAUUGCCGGUAAGAAACAGUAAUGAGUAAUAAAUAAACACAAUGUUUAAGCA